CGCGCGCGUGAGCGAGCGAGCGGUCUCCAUGGCAACUAGUGGGGCCUGCGCAAGGCCCCUUCGCCGCCGCCACUGCUGCCACUGCCGUCUGCUCCGCUCCGACCCUGCCCGCAACGAGGUCACGCCGCGACCCGCCCUCCACUACGACCCCGGUCCAGCUCGCGCUCCCGCCCGAGGCCGCCCUCCUCCCGCCGCCGCGGCCUCCCUGGCCUGACCCUACCGGGAAGCAGUUCCGGCGGACGGCCGCCGUGACUCAUCCGCCCGCCUGCAUCCCCAGAUCGUGCCAUCUUGGCUGCGGCCGGCGUGGCACCCGGAGCCGCGGAGGAAGCCGCGGAGACCCAGGCCCCAGAACAAGUCCAACCUCCUGAGCUGCCCACCUUGGCCUUCUGAGGUCCGCGAUAAAGGAGCCGAUCCGGAAUCGGGGAUCCCCAAGGCCUGCACCAGCUGCCUGGCCGCGGCUGCGCCCAUCCUUGACGUGUCUACCUUGCCUUCAAUCUGAGUCUUGAACCCUACCUAUUCCCUCAUUCCUGCGUGGGUCUACCCAAUUUUAGCAUCACUGGUCCUCAGGUUGCCGGUUAUCCAAACCCCGUUCUCCCACCCAGCAGUUCAUCCUUUGGCUGACCUCUGCCAACAUGGUCCAACCCCAGACAUCAAAAGCUGAAACCCCAGCCUCCGCAGCCUCUACCAAUGCCCAAAUGGAUGAUGUCAUUGACACCUUGACCUCCCUGCGCCUCACCAACUCUGCGCUCAGGCGGGAGGCCUCGACGCUGAGGGCGGAGAAGGCCAACCUCACCAACAUGCUGGAGAGCGUGAUGGCAGAGCUGACCCUGUUACGCACCAGGGCUCGGAUUCCGGGCGCGCUGCAGAUCACCCCGCCCAUCUCAGCCAUUACCUCCAACGGGACCCGGCCAAUGACCACGCCUCCGACCUCUCUGCCUGAGCCUUUUUCCGGGGACCCGGGCCAGCUAGCGGGGUUCUUGAUGCAGAUGGACAGGUUCAUGAUCUUCCAGGCCUCCCGCUUCCCUGGGGAGGCUGAGCGUGUGGCCUUCCUCGUGUCCCGGCUGACUGGGGAGGCAGAGAAGUGGGCGAUCCCCCACAUGCAACCUGACAGCCCCUUGCGAAACAACUACCAGGGGUUCCUGGCAGAGUUGCGGAGAACCUACAAGUCCCCGCUGCGGCACGCGCGUCGCGCCCAAAUCAGGAAGACUUCCGCCUCCAAUCGAGCUGUGCGGGAGCGGCAGACCCUGUGCCGCCAGCUGGCCGCCGCGGGCGCGGGCCCCUGUCCUGUGCACCCCGCCUCCACCGGGACUGGUCCCGCCCCGGCCCUGCCCGCCCGAGCACGGAACCUUUAAGAACCUGCCGCCAUCCUGGUCGCCUCUGCAACUACCAGGUCGCAACCCCCCUUUGCUGCAUAGAAGAAAAGCCCCUCCCACAGCACCCUUCUUGUUUGAGACACCCCUUCCUGCCUCUCCAGACCCGUUCCAGAAGGAGAUCUUCAUACUCUCGGGCACCCUGUCGCCCACCUCGCUUCCUCGUGUUCCGUGCUGGCUCUGCACCCACGCCCCUGUGCAUGUUUCCCCUCUCGUGCUUGCAACUGCAGCUCCUCUGGUGGCCGCAGCUCUGCUGCUCGGUCACGUCGACCCCCCGACACCCUGCGGACUGCUCGGGCUGACCCCGCCUGGCCUGGCGAGGGUCGCAGAUGCUCCUCUUCCGCCCUCUGCAGACCCCCCGGGCAGCGCCCCACCUGGCUGCCCUGUUCUCACUGAAGAGCUUGCUGACGACAGAAGGCACUUUGGAUGGCUGGUGGCUUGACGUGGGGACCUGGAGAAGGGAGUCUGGCCUCCCACCUGUGAGGGGGCCCUGUCCUUGCUCUCGGUGGCCGAGCGGUCGCUGCGGGAAUGUAGUGCCCGCGUGUCUGGGGGCAUGCUCCAGUCCGCACCAGAGUACGCGGUCAGCGGGCCCAUUGUUGCUGCCGGGAGAGGCCGAAGCGCAGGUAAAGGGGGAGACCUGGCGGAGGCACUUCCGAGAAUGCCUGGCUUGAGCUGCCGGUGUUCCGAUGGCGCCGGGAGUUCUGGGCAUCUGGAACUUGCCUGCUAGAGAAGGUGACUGCUUUGGACCACUGGGUGGCUCCCGGCAGCGGCCGGAGCAGCCUAUCCGUGCACACCGUGCCUGAGGCCCUCUGCCCGCCGAGGGCUUGGCCUCCAGUGGGGAUCGCCCCGGCUGCUCGUGCGUGGUCACCUUUCCGCUGUUCCGUGUCACUUGGUGGUGGGCCUCAUCGGGCUUGAGACUUGUUCUCUUCUCCAUUCAGGUGACAAGUGGCCUUCACCUCAGCCCCUCAGCCACCCCCAGCAUCUGUCGGUCUCCAGAGCCCCCAUGUAGCCUGCUGCACCCCCAUGCUUGGGUUGUCCGUCAGCCGCCCAGCCUUUGCUCAAGAAGACUCGGCCUCUGACGGCCGGAGACCCACCGCCUCUGGGAUGCGUCCGGAAGCACCGGAGGCAAGGCAGCGUGGGCCUCUGGUCGCCCCGGCCAGGGCAUCAGUGACACUUGUGAAGGAAAAGAGCUGCGGACUACCUCCAUCCUUAGGCGACAGCGCAGACUGACACUCAAGUCCUAACUCUGAGGGACAAAGCCAUACUUCUUAGUGGUGGGGGCCUUGUGCUUCCUCACGGGGACGCCUGGCAUCCCCUUCCCCAGCGUCUUGGCCGAGUCCCUUGGCCGGCCAUGCUCCCGCCGCAGUUGAACGCCAAGUGAGCUGCACCUGCGCAGCCGCCUGGACAGUGCGGGGAGCUGGGGCGCCUCACCCUGGGCGCGUCCGCCCCUGCUCUGCUGGCUGCAGAGGGACGGCUCCUGCACACACCCAGAGACACGUCUUGGGUUACCCAGAGGUUGGGUCCUGGGGCCCACCCUUCCUUCCUUCCUUCCUAAGAGUUUUGAUGAUGUUGGGAGAAGUGACCACGUUGCUGAAGCAACGGCUGCCUUGCAAGGUCAAGGGUACUCAGUGGUUGCUGAUGUUCAUGGGUCACUGCCACCCUCAUUGUAAACUCCGUUAGCCCAAUUGCCCUGCUCAACAACCGCCUGAAUACAGGCGGCAGGCCCCCUGGAUUCCAGCCGCGGCUGUUCAGGUGGGCCCGUGGUGCUCAUUAAGCUUGAACUGGAGGAGGACACAGUGGAGCUGCCGUUCUGGGGGUGGGGCCUCGGUCCGGGCGUUCAGACCACUUCCCCUUAGGGCCCCGUUUCUCUCUGCCUGUGUGCCAGGUGGAGGCUGUUGCCGAUGAGGGGUGCAGCGGUGCCCGGGGAGAAGGACAGCCCGCAGGGGGAGCAGGUGCCUGGAAGCUGCCUGUGUGGCCCGGUGCAGCUGCGGUGGGAGGCCCGGUGCCAGCGCAGGGCAGGAGCUCGGCUCUCUCAGCUGCCCCCAGGCCCACUUCAGUGUCCCGUGUCUGCACCAGGCGCAGCGUUUCGGCCACGCUGCCCACACACCAGGGCCAGAGCUGCCCAUGCCCGUGACGCUGAACGUGGGCCGUGGUGCCCGGCCCGAGCUGCUGCUCCAGUUUCCUUUAGCCUAGUGACUUGGUACUUGCGUCUGUGGGCUCGGGACUGGCGCUGUCGGACAUCCGCAGCCUUGCCCGCCUCCUGCAGCUCUGGGAGCAGGCGAGUGAGCGAGCGAGCGGGGUGGCCUCACGUUGGACAGGGAAGAGAUGCCACAUGGGGAGCCCACCGGCUCCAGGGGAAGACCCACAGUCCCCAGCAAAAGAGGAUGGGACCCGAGCUCCCUGUGGCCCAGGGCUAGGCCACGGUGGCGGGCAGGGCCAAGCCGGAGAAUGGAGUUGGGGAGGGGAGCUGCUUUGUGCAUACCUUGGGGUUAUGCCUCCCCUUAAGAGAACGAACUGGUGCUGGUUUGCGGAGGGGCAGGCCGUAGUAGCGCUGAUGCAUGCGAGGGACACGCCUGUUUCCACGGUGCUGGCGUCGGACUGGACCGCGACUGCGUUCCGGCCCACGCGAUCCCCGUCUGGGAAGGAAGCUUCAUCUCCUGGCCGCGCCCCGUGAGGUGGGAUUCCGAGUAAGGGGUGGGUUCCUGGUCCGAUACAGAGUGUGACCUGGGGGCUAACUAAUGUCCUACAGCAUUUCGGUGACUUCUGGGGGAGAGCAAGACCCGUUUGCUGGGUCCCAGGUAAGUGCGCGGUGAGUGAGUCAGGGCGAGGACUGCGUGGAGGUGGAGACCCACACACUUCUGGACACGGGGGACAGACCACCCACUGGGUGACCGAGACCCUGACGGGCCUGCGGGACAGUGGGCAGAGGUGGGCGUGGACUGUGAAAGGACAGGCAGGGACCGCUGACCGCCAGCGGGGCUUUGGGCCGGGAGAGCCGCCUGCGGGGCCCUCCCUCCGCCCGCCCGGCAGCCAGAGCUGUGGGAGUGGGACCACCUCUGCCCGGGAAGCGAUGGCAGUUUCGAGAUGACGAGGGGGGACGGCAGGCUCUGGGCCGUCAGCUAACGCCUGCCGGUGUAGGGAGGGGGCCGGGGGCCGGGCAGGCCCACCGCCCACUGUGAGCGGAGCUGCCGUCUCCCGUGUCACCUCAGGGCCCCGGCACCCGGUGUGGUGGCAGCUGGUACAGCACAGGCGCAGUGGAGACGAGGAACCCCAGCCCCUCGCUUCAACCUCACUGACCCCUUUCCGUAAACAAGUCCCAGCCCGCUGUCGGGCCUGUCGGGAAACCUACACGUCGUAGAGAUUCUGGAACAUCACGUAGAGCAAAGAAAUGUCAAGUUCAACAUUUUGGGAUUUCUCCUUUCAGCCUCCCCCUCCCCCUUGUCACCACUAAUUUUCUUUAGAAAUGGCCGGUGUGGCUGCACCAGGCGGGUGGCCGGCAGAGCCGGGGCUGCUCCCUGCGCUGUUCCUGCCCCUCCCCCUGCUGGAGGUCGGUGGGCACCCUCGUGCAUAGAGCCUUCUCCCCGUCCCCUCGAUCCCUUAGGGUGCGUGUUCCGGACACGGGGUUGCGGAGUGAGAGGGCGUGGGGACCCCCGAGGCUCGGGUUACAUGCUGACAGAGUGGUUUUCUGAAAUAUGUCCACUCACACUGCCACCGGCACGGACAAGUGGGCCCGUUCUGCCGUCUCGCCGGCACCGAGUACCAUCGGCUGGCUAAGCCUUUGCGGACUUGAUCAUGAAGAAAUAGCCUUUGUGUCCGUUCCCACUUCUUUGGUUUUCAACCCGGUGCGACAUCUUUCCACGGCAAGCAGUUGUGUGUCCUCUUCUGAACGUCAUGGCCGUCCUUGGCCCUUGCCUCCGGGGGUCUGACGCGUUUGUACGAGCUCGUUGUGCAUUAAAGAUACUAACCUGCCGUGUG